GCUACGACCGACCAUCGCGAUCUCUCUCCUCAAACCCUCCUCCAUCGUAAAAGCCCGCUCAUCUUCCUCUUUCUCACUUCACUCUCUCGAUCUCGUGGGUGUUAGCUCCGACGAAAAUCUUGGGAAGAAUUCGAGUUCUACCAUUCUCCUCUCGAAUCCAAAGAGAUAUGAGCACCUCAAUAGCUGGAGAAGCAUCAACAGGAAACAAAAGAACAAAGUGCAACAGAAAAUGGGGUUAUGUGGAGGAUGCAAAGCUUGUUGAGGCAUUGGUUGAGUUGGUAACCCGAGGAGGUUGGAGGGGCGAUAAUGGGACUUUUAGGAGUGGAUAUUUGCAGCAAUUGGAGAGACUAAUAGAAGAGAAGCUUCCUGGGUGUGGACUGAAAGCAACACCAUAUAUCGAGUCUCGGGUCAAGCUCUUGAAGAAACAAUACAAUGCUAUUACAGAGAUGUUGGGACCUAACUGCAGUGGAUUUGGAUGGGAUGACAUCAACAAGUGUGUGACCUGUGAGGAGGAUACCUUCAAGGAAUGGGUUAAGAGUCACCCAAAUGCUCAAGGUAUGAGGAACAAGCCUUUUCCUCACUUUGAGGACUUGACUAAUAUCUUUGGAAGGGAUCGUGCUACCGGAAUGGGAGCUGAAGCACCUGCAGAUGCUGUUGAAAAAAUAGAGAUGGAGGAGCAACAGUAUCCGUACACAUCACCAGCUAUCAAUGAGAGCCAAGAAGCAGAUAGCAAUUUUGUUGGUCAGAAUGUCAAUAUGAAUACUCCCCAGACAGCUACUCAUACUGAAGUUGCAGGUCCAAGUAGGCCAACCAGAACUAAGAAAGCUAGGCAUGAGGCCCUUGAGGUUGUGAGAGAUCUUACAUCUGAGAUGACUAAGGUAGUAGGCAUGAUGGCAGCUGCUGGAGAUCAUAUUGAGAAAUUGGCUCAAUGUUUUAAGCACGAGUCUGAGACUGCAGAUAGAAGAAUGACAGUGGUCUCUGAGGUGAUGAAGGUGCAGGGUCUUUCUCAAUCUGAGAUUCUUAAGGUGGGCAAAAAAAUUGCAAUGGACCCACUGGAGACUGAUUACUUUUUCAGUCUUCCAGAUGACUAUAGAAGGGCAUAUGUUUUAACUCUUUGCUCAGAGUUUCAAAAUGGGAUGUAG